UUUCAGUUGGAUGGUAUACAUUUAGCAGGAUGCAAUGUGGGCCCAUCUUUCCCAAAAUGGAUCCAAACUCAGAGGAUUUUGUUAACCCUUGAUCUCUCUAGAGCCGGCAUAAGAGAUGAAGCCCCAACGUGGUUGUGGACUAUAUCCCCUUCAUUAAAGGCCUUAUAUCUUUCUGACAAUCAAAUUACUGGUUCUGUUCCUAAUCUCUCAUCCACUUCCAUCACAUACUUAGAUCUUAGUAACAAUAAUUUCUCAGGUCCUAUUCCAUUAUUUUAUGCCAAUUCCCAUACUAUUCAAUUGAAUGGAAAUAUGUUUUCUGGUUCAAUUUCAUCUAUUUGCAAAAUUCCCCAAUAUCAAAUUUGGAUCAUGGAUCUCUCCAAUAAUAAGUUGGCAGGAGAGAUUCCCAACUGUUGGGAUAAAAUGCCAUACUUAUUCUCUCUCAAUUUGGCCGACAACAGUUUUUCGGGUGAAAUUCCUCGCUCUUUGGGCUCUAAUUUGCUUGAUUUCAGUGCACUGCAGUUGCGUGGUAAUAAUUUAUCUGGAGAGUUGCCUUCCACUUUGAGACUUUGUCAACGAUUGAACAUGAUUGAUGUUGAAGGGAAUGCGUUAACAGGAGAGAUCCCCACUUGGAUUGGCGAGUUGUAUCACAUGCGAUUUCUAAACAUUCACGGGAAUAAAUUGCAUGGCAGUAUUCCUCCUCACAUUUGCAAUCUCACUGAUAUUCGAAUUCUGGACUUGUCGAUGAACUACUUAUCUGGAAAAAUACCUGAUUGCUUCAACAAUUUUACUACGUUGGCUCAAAAGAAUACCAUACUAGAUAAUUGGCUUGGUUAUUACCUCUGGGUCCAUUACAAUGGUAAUCUUCCAAAUGAGAAAAUUCGACCUGUCUAUGAAUAUUCGGCAAUUCAAUGGAAAGGCCAAGAAUCGGAAUAUAGGAAAAAUCUUAGGCUUCUCAAACUCAUUGAUUUUUCAAGCAAUAGUUUGACCGGAAACAUUCCCAAAUCAUUUUCCAGUAUGCUUGGAUUAAUUUCCUUGAACCUAUCAAGAAAUAGUUUGACAGGAAAUAUAAUUGGAGAUAUUGGUGAGAUGGAGAUGUUAGAAUGUCUUGACCUAUCACACAACCAAUUUUCCGGUGAAUUGCCCACAAGCUUGGCACAGUUACAGUACUUGGCUGUUCUCGACUUGUCGAACAACGACUUAUUUGGUAAAAUUCCAACGAGUACUCAACUUCAGAGCUUCAACGCAUCUGCUUAUGAUGAGAAUGACGGACUCUGUGGGCCCCCUCUGCCGGCAUUGUGCCCCGAAGAUAGCUUGAGGCCAUCCACCACUAAUCCGAAUGAGAAAGAUGACGACAGUCUCUCUUUUAUGCAAGAAGUCUGCAUAUCAUUGGGCUUUGGUUUUAUAUUUGGAUUUUGGGGAGUUGUUGGAACUUUCAUACUGAAGAAAUCAUGGAGAAUUGCAUACUUCAAUUUCUGGGAUGCUGUUGGAGAUUGGUUCUACGUUAGGAUUGCUGUGUUUGUGUCCAAAUGGAGACGAAGCUGAAAUACUGAGGCGGACAAGCUCGUGGAUACAUGAAGAAAUGUGGAAGAAGUGUUGCUAGUAAUUAAUAAAUAUAGUCCUAUUAUGUGUUUCUUAAUACUUUAAUUAUGUCGCUGUUCAUCAAAUUAAGUGUUUUACCUACUUUUUAUUUUUUAUUUUUAUUGUUGUUUGUCAUGUAUUUUAAGUGAUGAAGUUAUAUUGAAUAUGUUGUAUGUGUGACAGUGGGUUCAAGCUGCAGGGACUGACUUGCGUAGUAUAUAUAUUAUCGCUCGUAGUAUACAUCAUUCUUCGAUCUGUAUUUUGGAAUUUCUUUGUUGAUCAAUAAAUCUCCUCCGAUUGACUCU